AUGUUCAAUAAACAAGAAUGGUCCUUCCAGCAAGACUCGGCGCCGGGUCAUAAAGCUACGCAGAAAAAUGUUUCAACUGUCACGAAGAGUUGUGAACAUAUCAACGUGACAAAUUCCGAGUAUCGAGUGAAAAGUUUGAAGUCGAUACAUUUAAAUAACAUAUACUCUGUGACGAGUGGGCUGAUAGAAGAUAUGGCGAUUGAUAAGGUGGAAGGCGGCGGGUUAAAUUUGUAUGAAGUUGUCUCAGUCGAUUGUGGAGGGGCCAAAGUGUGCUCCAACGUCAGAAGUAGACCUAACGACAGGAAUACCAUAACAAUUGGGUUUCUUAGCGCUUACAGAUGGAGUCAGACUGUCCUGGGGGCUUUGCCAUUAGCGGUGGCGUUAGUUAAUCGGGAACCGAGCCUUCUUCCAGGACUCAAACUGAGAUUCGUCACAGCAGACAUUGGAAGACCGAGGCCGCUCUUUUCUCUGGAUAAGGAUAGUCUUUCUCUAAGGGUGAUGACGCAAAUGAGAGACUUCGGAGUUGUGGCCUUUUUCGGUCCUGAUGCUACGUGUUAUACGGAAGCCAAGCUCGCCGCGGCGUGGAAUCUACCGCUUAUUUCACAUAAAUGUGCCGAAGCUCAAGACUCAGGCGGUCUAGGCGCUACCUUCGCGAGGACUUUGCCGCCUGCCCACAAGGUCAGCAAGUCGGUCGUCGCUCUGCUGAAGGCGUUCGGUUGGACCAAGUUUGCGAUUGUUGCUGGGGACGAGUUGACGGCAGCUGGACAGCAAAUGGCGGCAAUUAAGGAGUUGUCUCAAGGCAACGGAUUGACGAUAACAGCAGAGCAUCGCUUUGCCGACUAUAUACCACGACACAUAUCGCAAAUGGAGAAAAUUGUGGAGGAGACCUACGAGAAGACUAGAAUAUACGUGUUUCUCGGCGAGAACAUUGCUCUGGUGGACUUCGUGAAGGUGCUACUGCGUCGUGGACUUCUUGCCAACGGAGAGUACGCGGUCGUCGCCGUAGACGACGAGAUCUACGAUCCAAGCAAUGCAGCAAUCACACAAGCUGAUCACCUCUUCCAAAACAGCAGCAGCGAUGUUUUGGCGUUUCGAGCCGUUCUCAAGCUGACUCCCUCUUACCCGACGAACCCACAGUACCAAGUCCUGUGUCAAAUGAUCCGAAAGUUAUCGGCUGCUCCGCCCUUCUGUGUCCCUAAUUAUCACAAGAUAUUCGAAGAUACAUCGGUACCAAUAGAAGCUGCUCAUCUCUACGACGCAGUAUUGCUAUGGGCAAAAGCAACUACAGCAGCGAUGGUUGCUGGGGUGUCACCUACAGAUGGAGCCACUAUUAUGAGGCUUCUCAGACCUACAGUUUAUCGUUCGCUUCAGGGAUUCGAUGUUAAUAUGGAUAAAGCAGGUGAUGCAGAAGGCAACUACUCCGUAAUAGGUCUAGUUGAGGAUGAAGGCGCCCCUGGUGGCUGGAGCGCGCAACCAGUUGCUGCGUUCCGAUAUGUGAACGCAUCAGACGUGUUACCGGAACUUGUGGGGGGAAGCAAAAUAUCAUGGAUCGGCGGCAAUCCACCAGCAGCUGAACCAUCCUGUGGAUUCGACGGCAGUAAAUGCGCUAUACCGCACGACCCUGGUGUUAUUUCUGCGGCUGCUGCCGUGGCUGCUGCAGCUUUUCUUGCAUUGACUCUGCUCGUCCGACAUUACACCUAUGAGCAGAAGUUGGCUUCGGUACUAUGGAGGAUUGAGGCGAAAGACCUCAUGUUCAUCACCGGAUGUACGGAUAAGGAUUCUGGAUCUCACGAUGUGGAAGGGAAGAGGGCACACACUACAAUUGCGUCUUAUCGUGGGAGUUUUGUUGCUGUCAAACGCCUGCGCAAGAAGAACAUUGACGUCACAAGAGCCAUCAAGAAGGAGUUGAAACAGAUGCGUGAACUUCGUCAUGAGAAUCUGACGCCCUUCGUAGGAGUAUGCGUGGAGUCAGUCAGUGCUUGUAUCGUCACAGCGUAUUGCUCACGCGGUUCCUUAUCCACGGUCUUAGCUGAUCGGGACCUUCAUUUGGAUGACAUGUUCGUGGCGAGUUUGGUCGCAGACCUGUUGAGGGGCCUCACGUAUCUACAUGACUCUGCUCUCGGUUCCCAUGGCAACUUGACAUCCAGCAAUUGCCUCGUUGACAGGCGUUGGGUACUACAAAUAUCUGAUUAUGGAUUGCAUACGUUAAAAAGUGGCUGCGCUGAUACAGAAGACGCAUUGCGUAUCGAACGACGUAUGUUGUGGCGAGCACCGGAACUUCUACGGGAUCCCAACCCACCGCCUCGAGGCACUCAGAAAGGGGACGUCUACUCUUUUGGAAUUAUAUUGUAUGAGAUCCUGGGCAGAAAUGGACCUUGGGGCGACACGAUCUUAACCAACACCGAAAUAAUCGGUCGAGUACGUCAUCCCAUUGGAGGCAUGCUGUACCGGCCACCACUUAGUGGGCUCACUGCUCGUCCUUCGGUAACAUCAGUUCUCAAGUCAUGCUGGAGUGAGCGACCCGAGAGACGACCGGAUGUCCGGCUAGUCAAAAUGCGACUAAAGGACAUGCAUGCUGGCAUGAAGACGAAUAUAUUCGACAACAUGCUAUCAAUGAUGGAGAAGUACGCAUCGAACUUGGAAGCACUAGUGGCGAAUCGAACUGAAGAACUUUUAACAGAGAAGAAAAGGACAGAUGAUCUUCUCAAUAGGAUGUUGCCCAGGGCAGUUGCGGAGGCACUCAAACGAGGCGAACCAGUUCAGGCAGAGAGCUACGAAUGUGUUACAAUAUACUUCAGUGAUAUUGUCGGGUUCACAAGGCUGGCUGCUACGAACACGCCCAUUCAGGUUGUGGAAAUCCUCAACGAGCUGUACACAUGUUGUGACUCAGUUAUAUCAUACUACAAUGUAUAUAAGGUUGAGACAAUCGGCGACGCUUAUAUGGUGGUGGGAGGUCUACCAGAUCAUUGUUCGCGUCACGCAGCAGAGGUCGCAUCUUUGGCUCUUCAUAUGUUGGAUGCAAUACCGAACAUUAAGAUCAACGGCCUGCCCACAGCUAAACUGCGUAUAAGAAUUGGUAUACAUAGUGGUCAGUGCGCAGCAGGUGUUGUUGGAACUAAAAUGCCUCGAUACUGCCUGUUCGGGGACACAGUGAACACAGCCGCAAGAUUAGAGUCGACGGGGGAGCCGCAGAGGAUCCAUAUCAGUGAUGCGACCUAUCAGCUUUUGAAGCAGCAUGGCGGAUACAAGUUGAAAGAAAGAGGAGUUAUUAAUAUUAAAGGAAAAGGUGAUAUUAGGACGUGGUGGCUGGAAGGUGAGGAUCAUGAGAGAAGGAAUCAACCAGUUUAUAAAUAUCACCCAGGCGUAUCACAAAGUCCGUCAAGUGUGAUAUACGAGGACAGGCUAUGGAACACCCGUCGUUCCACUGUCAACAUCCGCGACCGGGCGAGAUUAUCAUGUGGGGGCUCCCUCGGCCCCGGAUCUGCCCUUUCGUCCCCCGGACGCCCCGCUUGCUCCUGCUUCGUGCCACAAAAGGACCACCAUUCAGCCCCAGCCGUGACAUUCUGUGACGACUGACGCUAACACCCCUAGCCCCUCGGAUCUAUGUGUUCUCGUAUGUGGAGGGAACCUUUGUGUAUCGACCAGCUCCAAUUUAGACUUAAACAGCUUUAACGCCACAGACAGGGUGAGUUCGUUUGACGAUAUCGAUGAGAGGACUAGGAAACUUAAUGCCAUGAGACGUUUGUAUUGUUUAGAUGAUUUUAAUUUGUAAUGUUUACAGUUUAUCUGAUCUAUUUGCUAAAUAGUGACCAUGAUACAUUAUAAGUGCAAAAGUACGGUCUUUUUACAGACCUCUUAAAU